AUGUCUUUAAUUACUCUUCAUGCUGGUCGUCGUUGGGUCGCUGUUGUCAACCGUCCUCUUGUGGCAUUUCAUCGUGCCUAUACGCUGAUCCCCUCUACCCCUCACCCUGUUGCUUCUGCCGCCACCACAGAAAAUCCCGUUGUGAAAAAUCACCAAGAGCAAGAUUACAAUACCAUUCAUGCAUUGUAUAAUAAUGAAAAUCAAUCUGUCCAUGAAACCACUACCCAUUCAUACCGUUCAUUAUCGGAUGAUAAUGAAACUACUUUUGGCCCUACUUUUAACAGUGUGUUUGAUGAAUAA